CCCAGCUUCCGUUCGUUCCUUCCCGUUAGGGCGGGCCGGGAGCAGGCCAGGACGAGCAGCAGCUGCGCAUAUUGCUCGAGGGAAUCUGUUGGCUGUCUACCCGCCCAUUUGAAGGAUCUCUUAACACCUCUUUUUGGUGGCUUAUCUUGGCAAACCUGUCUCCUGGAGGAAGUAGGCGAUAUCACUGUUCUGCUCUCAAACCGGCAUUGGCGACCCUCGAGACUGCCUUCCGCAGCUAUUUAGUGUAGAACUGGUCUGGUCAUCCCGUGGUUCGACGUCUUCGGUUCGGCUCCAGCGCUCCUCGACCUACUUGACCAUUAUCAAGGUCCCAACACCAACCGCCAACCAGGUUAUCUUGAGGAGCCAGACUUCAAUCGACGUUCUCGCCACAAUAGUCCUCGUGGUUUCAAAUAUAGCGCCAUAUUCUUUCCGUCGCGCCACCCAUUCUCCUCCGGGAAGUGCCAGAAUCGGGCGACUGUCUACGUAGUCAACUGUCAACAGCAAACGCUCCUUGGCUAGAUCGACCGAGCGGACGGUGGCGGGAUCUACUACCACCCCACUGUAUCUAUCCCACCUUGGGGGGCGAACCGGCUGGCCAUGUUAGGUAGCUUUGAGAACCACCUUGAAGAUCAAUAAGUUCGCGCCUUCAUAUGUACAUGAUCCUCCCAUGUAUCUAAUCGCCUAGUAACGCCUCUACCUACCAAAGACUGCACAUCCACGGUUCCAGGCAAGGAACAACCUGGCAGGGACCUCAACCUUAAUUCUUUGGACUCGCGGAUCCACGCUCGUCUCAGCACCUGCCAUCUAGGCCGGCCAGCCUCAAGGGAACACUCACUCCCUGGGCCUGCCAUCCACCUUUAUGAGCCAGCUACCUCUGUCGCAGCAGUUCGCGUCCGCGGCAACCGCGCAUGGUCGGGUUAUCGACAGCGCGGACCAUGAGCUGAUUGUGAGGCAAAAGCCUCUGAAUGCCAAGGUCUUCAUAGGCAAGGAGAAGGAUCGGAAACCAAUAGACCCGCCACCCAUCGUACAGCUCAAGAUCAGCGAGACGGUUAAUCCCUCGCAGAACUUUCUUCAAAGCCCCUACUAUUUUAUCUCAACCACGUUGGUUGACGAUGAUGAGAACAAAUCGCCGGAGGAUCGCGAACAGGUCAAGAACGCUUUGGCAGGCACGCUGGUUUCGUCCCUGCAUCGGCUGAAAGACAGCGAUAACAGUGAUGGCGGGUUCUUUGUCUUUGGUGACCUCUCGGUCAAGAUAGAAGGCACCUUCAAGCUCCAGUUUACACUCUAUGAGGUCCGAGAUAAGGAAGUGGAGUAUAUCACUUCCAUCCUGUCGGAACCAUUUAAAGUCCAUCCAGCAAAGAACUGGCCUGGCAUGGCCGAAUCGACCUUCCUGACGAGAUCUUUCAGCGACCAGGGUGUGCGGUUGAGGCUGCGAAAAGAGCCGCGGUUUCGAUUGGGCCCGAGAGGUCCAGCCUCUGAUAACUACGAACCUCGCCACUAUAAUACAAGUCGCCGGCGGCAGAGCAAGCAGAUGGAAGCUGCCAAUGCCCAAGAAGGAGCUCAACUCCCAAUAACACCAAUAACACCCCAAUCUAAAGUGGCCAUCGCCGGCGUAUCCGGCGCAUCGAGGACAGCAAAAAUUGAACCACCUGAUACUACAGGCCUAGGUUCCAUAUCUUCUCAGGGUGGGAUGUAUCCCAUGGAUAACAGGAAGCGCGGCUUCUCGCAAACAUCUCAGGCUAGCCUGUAUGGAGGACCCGCAGAUGAGUCUGCAGCAAAGCGCUCAAGGCAGGAGAUGGAUGAAGCUGCUCAGCUACCCUUCACCGGUCAACCGCAGUUUGCAGGAGGGCAAGGGAUGGGAUACGGCGCACAACAAUUCGCAGAUCCAUUUCAAGUCCAACAACCUCUCCAGAUGUAUCAGCAACACCCACAACAAACAAUGCAAACCUUUGACCAGUUCAGCCCGACAUAUAUGGCGCCAACCCCCCAGCAGAGAAUUAACAGAGGAGACCAGCAACAACAAGGAUAUUUCAGUCCGCGUCGCGACAUCGUCGAACCCUUCCAAGCACCCUCACCCUACCAAUCACCCACCUCCAGCCUCCCCCAAACCACGCAAUUCCAACGCUCCCCCGCCCAAAACGCCUUCCAAUACAACCAACCCAUGCAACCCCCCCCAAUGCAAGCACCCUACGGCAUGCAACCCCCACCCCAACAACAGCAAUACGCCCCGCAACCCGACCUCCUCAUGCAACCCAUGCCGCCGAACCGUUCCCCGGGCAGCUUGGGGAUGUACCAACAGCCUGGCCCGGAACUGGAUCCGUUGCUGGCGCCGAAAGGGGGGGAUAUCCUCGCGGGGCAGGGAGGGAUGCAGCCGCCGGGGAUGUUUUAUGGUGGAAGGCAGCAGGGGCCGGGGAUGGAGCAGGUGAGGACGAGCCAGCAGAUGGGACCGGCGGGGAUGGGACCAGGGGGACAACAGAUGGGGCCGGGUGGACAACAGAUGGGACCCGGGGGACAGCAGGGGAUACCAGGGCAGCAGCAGAUGGGUCCGGGUGGGCAGAAUAUGGGAACGGGACUUGACCUUGGUGAACGUUGAUCGUUCCUUUGUGUUUGUUGUUGGUGGCUGUUGUUGUGUUUUUAAUCCUUAAUUAUUAUUAUUAAUUUUACUUGAUUUGGGAUUUGGGGG